AUGAGGGAAAUUCUUCACAUUCAAGCAGGGCAAUGCGGGAACCAAAUUGGGGGAAAAUUUUGGGAAGUGGUUUGCAACGAGCACGGGAUCGAUACUUUAGGAAAUUACGUAGGGGAUUCAGGAGUGCUGCUUGAGAGAGUGAAUGUGUAUUUCAACGAAGCUAGCGGCGGAAGAUACGUACCUCGAGCUGUGCUGAUGGAUCUGGAACCUGGAACGAUGGACAGCCUCCGGACGGGGCCGUACGGGAAGAUAUUCCGGCCGGACAACUUCGUGUUCGGGCAGAGCGGCGCCGGCAACAAUUGGGCGAAAGGGCACUACACUGAGGGAGCGGAAUUGAUCGAUUCGGUGCUGGAUGUUGUUCGGAAGGAAGCGGAGAAUUGCGAUUGCCUGCAAGGGUUUCAAAUCUGCCACUCGCUGGGGGGAGGGACGGGGUCGGGGAUGGGGACGCUGCUGAUAUCGAAGAUAAGGGAAGAGUACCCGGACAGAAUGAUGCUGACGUUCUCGGUGUUCCCGUCGCCGAAGGUGUCGGACACGGUGGUGGAGCCGUACAACGCGACGCUGUCGGUGCACCAGUUGGUGGAAAACGCCGAUGAGUGUAUGGUCCUUGAUAAUGAGGCUCUUUACGACAUUUGCUUCCGCACCCUCAAGCUCACCAAUCCUAGCUUUGGCGAUCUGAAUCACUUGAUAUCGACGACGAUGAGCGGCGUGACGUGCUGCCUCCGAUUCCCGGGGCAGCUAAAUUCCGACCUCCGGAAACUAGCCGUUAACCUGAUCCCUUUUCCGCGCCUCCAUUUCUUCAUGGUCGGUUUCGCGCCGCUGACGUCGCGUGGAUCUCAGCAAUACCGGGCGCUGACGAUCCCGGAGCUGACUCAGCAAAUGUGGGACGCCAAGAACAUGAUGUGCGCCGCCGACCCCCGCCACGGCCGCUACCUGACGGCGUCGGCGAUGUUCCGGGGGAAGAUGAGCACCAAGGAGGUCGACGAGCAGAUGAUCAAUGUCCAGAACAAGAACUCGUCCUACUUCGUCGAGUGGAUCCCGAAUAAUGUCAAGUCGAGCGUCUGCGACGUGCCGCCCACGGGGCUGCCGAUGUCGUCGACGUUCGUCGGGAACUCGACGUCGAUCCAGGAGAUGUUCCGGCGGGUGUCGGAGCAGUUCACGGUGAUGUUCCGGCGAAAGGCGUUCUUGCAUUGGUACACGGCGGAAGGGAUGGACGAGAUGGAGUUUACGGAGGCCGAGAGCAAUAUGAACGACUUGGUUUCCGAGUACCAGCAGUACCAGGAUGCCACCGCCGAUGACGACGAUGACGGCCGGUACGAGGACGAGGACGAGGAAGAAGAAGUGAAUCCUUAAAUUGGAUGAUUCGUCGUAUUUUAUCUUAUCUUAUUUUAUUUUAUUUCAUCGGUUAUUUAUUUAUAUAUAUACUAUAAUUUUUAUCUCAAAUCAUGAUAUCCAUGAAUGUGUGAAGAAGCUCUUGAUUCUAUUAUAUUAUGGAUUAUUGUGUCCUUAUUUAAUUUUAUUGUAUAUGAAAUAUUGUUACAACAUACUACAGUAUAUGAUUAUAUGAUUUCUUACAAAUGUUAUUAUGGUUU